AUGACUCACAAGUGUCUCAGCCCCCCCUUGCCUCCCCCUCCUCGUCCCCCUCCUUCCCUCCCCCUCUCUCUCCUUCACAAGUACCAACCCAGUGCCCAUUGGCAAGUUGAGACACACGCGAAAGGAAGGAGUGUCAAGGAGCGCACGAAGCCGAAGAACAGCAGCUACAACAACCUGCGCAAGGAUCGGGGUCCAUCUUCAUUACAGCUGGGAAACCUUCAAACUUCCUCCGCUUUCCACCACGGACGACGCACACAACCGAUUCCGUUAUGGGUCGCGUUCUGCGUGCGUAAAUGGCACUGGCGCCGCGCGUGGAGCCGUGAAGAGCUUUGGGAAGGAGGACGUUCUUCCGUUUCUUCAGACCUGGGAAGGAAAAAGCAGACUGAGGCUUGCCCCCCGCUCAGCAUGAGACGCUUCAGCUCCGAGGGCUCGCUCCUGGACCUGGACUUCCUCCCGUGGAAGAAGGUGACCUUGAAGAGCACAGAUCAGCCCACAGCUCGCCACUCCGCAACCUACACCCUGCACGAACACGCUCAACACGAAGCGGACAGCCCCACGCCCGGAUGCUUUGCCCCCAUCGUCAUCCGCGAGCCCACCGGGAAGAGGGGCCUAACCAAGGAGCGCAGCAUCAGCUCAGAGAACCUGGACCACGUGGGGAAGAAGGAGCACAGGGACAUGAACCGGCUGAGCGUGUGCGCCAUCAACGAGGGGUUCCGGGCGUACAGCGACGGGCAGUUAGCACCUGCAGCUAAUGGCAGCAUGGAGAGCAUGGACGAGGAUGCUCCGCCCCCCUGCGACGUCACGCCUAACCCCCUCAAGUCCCAGAGGAGAGCCAAGCUGCACGCCGCAAAACUGCACAUCAAGAGUCUGUUUGGUGGACAGAGCCCUCACUCGUCUCACUCGAACCUCUUCAGCUCUGAUCACAAGGAAAGUGUCUCGGAGCGGCGAUCCAGGCUUCUCUUCAUGAGGCAGUGGAGCCAGGUGGGCCCCAGCCGGAAGAGGAAGAUCAGCCGAGAGGAGUUGGAGCGCUGGGCAGAGUCCUUGACCGCGCUGCUGUCCAGUCACAGUGAGUCCCACCCUGCCCUCCCAGCAGCACAAUGCCCGUCCCAGUCCAAUCUCACCACUGAAAUAAAACUUUAA